AUGUAAUCUCCUAAUAAAAGUGCUUUGUCUCAUAGAGAUUAAUCAGAUGAUAUUCGACCAUUGACAGUUUAAGAACAUCCAGAUUUGGGACCAUUUAAAAUAACUCCUCAAUAAUUAUAAUAAAUAUUUCAUCUAAACACAAGAAGAAGUACAUGUGAGGAAUUAGAUUAUUUAAUAUAACAAGGUGGUAUUGGUAAUUUAAUAUCAUUAUUUAUUAAUUUAAGAUUGGUUAAUUGAUGGUUUACAUACAUCUAUAAAAGAUGGAAUUAAUGAUGACCAUAAUUAAAGAAUAUAAGUUUAUGGUCAUAAUAAAAGAAUAGUAAGACCUCCAUAAACAUAUUGUGAAUUGUUAUGGAAUGCAUUAGAAGAUUUUACAAUGCGAGUUUUAUUAAUAGCAUCAAUAGCCAGUAUUGUAAUAGAAGUGGCUACUGCAGAUAAUGAGCAUCGUCAUUUAGCUUGGAUUGAAGGAUUUGCUAUAUUUAUUGCAGUUUUGGUCUGUACUAAUGUUGCAGCAAUGAAUGAUUAUUCAAAAGAGAAAUAAUUUAGAAAGCUAAAUGCUGCUAGUGAAAAAUCAAAAAUAGUAACAGUAAUAAGAAAUAAAUAAUUGAUAUAAAUUCAUGAAGAGUAAGUAUUGGUAGGAGAUAUUUGUAAAUUAAUAGAGGGAAUGGAAAUUCCUGCUGAUGGAAUAUUACUUGAAGCUUCUGAUGUAAAAAUUGAUGAAUCUUCAAUGACUGGAGAAACACAUUCAAUUACAAAAGGAACAAUUAAUUAAUGUUAAAAAUAGAAAUAGGAAUUAAAUGAUGAAGGAGUAUAAUUAGGUGAAUAAGAUAGAUUUAAGAUACCAUCUCCUGCAUUAUUAUCUGGUACAAGAGUAUUAGAAGGAGAAGGAUUAUUUUUAAUUUGUGUAGUAGGUGAUCUUUCAUGUUUAGGUUAAAUUAAAGCAUCAUUAGAAUAAGAAGAAGAAGAAGGUAUUAUAAUUUAAUUAUAAAAAAUAGAGACACCUUUAUAAGUUAAAUUGACUAUGAUAGCAGAAGAUAUUGGUAAAUUUGGAUUGAUAUCAGCAGUAUUGAUAUUCUUUGUAUUAAUGAUUCGUUUUGCAAUAGAGAGAGGGAUAGCAAAUGAAUGGGAUCAUAGUAAACAUUGGAUGGAAAUAUUAAAUUUUAUAAUUCUUUCAAUAGUAGUUCUUACAGUAGCUAUUCCAGAAGGAUUACCUUUGUCAGUUACAAUAUCUUUGGCUUAUUCUGUUCAAAAGAUGAUGGAUGAUAAGAAUUUAGUUAGAAAAAUGUAUGCUUGUGAAACUAUGGGAGGAGCAGAUUCUAUAUGUUCUGAUAAAACUGGAACAUUAACUAUGAAUAAGAUGGUGUUAACAAAAAUUUGGAAUAAAUAAUUUUAUGAAAUUGAUUAUUUGGCUAAAGAAUAAAAUUUGAAUUAGUUGAUAUAAAAAUCAAUGGAAAAUCUAUUUUUAGAAGCAUUGUGUUGUAAUUCAUCAGCUGAAUUGACACCUGAAUCAGGAUCAAAGACUGAGAUAGCUAUACUAGAAUAUUUAUAGAAAGCAAGAGUAGAAUAUAGAAAGAUGAGAGAAUCAGUGAAUUAUAUAAAAAAAAAUCCAUUUAAUUCAGCUAGAAAAAGAAUGAGUGUCAUUGUUGAAACUAAACAUAAUGGAUUACCAGUUAAAAGAUUAUAUAUUAAGGGUGCAUCUGAAAUAAUAGUACAAAGUUUAACUCAUAUGCAUACUUAUGAUGAUUAGAAAAUUAAAUUAGGAGUUAAAGAUAUAUAAGAGAUUGAAAGAAUAAUAAUUUAGAUGGCUAAAUAAUCAUUAAGAAUAAUAUGUGUUGCUUAUUUAGAUUUAGUAGGAGAUGAAGACUUAUAGAAAAUAAAUGGUAAAGUCUAUGAUAUCGAGACUCAUGAUCUUACAUUUCUAGGAUUAUUUGGAAUUAUGGAUAAUUUGAGAGAAGGAGUUAAAGAUGCAGUUACUAAAUGUAAAGAAGCAGGAAUAAAAGUAAGAAUGGUUACAGGAGACAAUUCAGAAACUGCAAGAGCUAUUGCUAUGAGUUGUGGAAUUAUUGAAUAAGGAGAUAGUCAAGCUAUUGUAAUAGAGGGAGCUGAAUUUAUGAAAUAAGUUGGAGGUGUUGUUUGUAAAAAUUGUACAACUGAAUAAUGUAAAUGUGCAAGAUCAUCUAAUGAAGCUGAAAAGAAUGGCACUUCUUUAAGAGUAGAUACUUUGGGCAAUAUGUCUAGAUUUAGAUAAAUAUAUCCUUAAAUUGCUGUUAUGGCAAGAUCAAGGCCUACUGAUAAAUAUGCUAUGAUUAUUGGAUUAAAAGAAUGUGAACAUAUUGUGGCUGUUACAGGAGAUGGUACUAAUGAUGCACCAGCCUUAAAAAAAGCAGAUGUUGGUUUUGCUAUGGGUAAAGCUGGAACUUAAGUUGCUAAAGAUGCAUCUGCAAUUAUUUUAAUGGAAGAUAAUUUUAGUGAUAUUGUAAAAGCUGUUAUGUGGGGUAGAAAUAUAUUUUAAUCCAUAAGAAAAUUCUUAUAAUUUUAAUUAACUGUUAAUGUUGUUGCAGUGGGAUUCACUUUAAUCUCCUCUGCUCUAUUAAAACAAGAUGUACUUAAACCUAUAUAAAUGUUAUGGGUCAAUCUAAUUAUGGAUUCUUUUGCUUCUCUUGCUUUAGCUACUGAACCACCUUCAGAAAUACUCUUGAAGGAUCGUCCUUAUUCAAGAUCUGAAUCUAUUGUUACUCAUAAAAUGAUUAAACAUAUAAUUGGAUAGGCCAUUUAUCAAUUAACUGUCAUACUUAUUCUUGUUUUUCUAGCUUAAGAAUUCAUACCUGAAUAUGUUGAUGAUUAUGAUGAUGUUAUUAAAGAAAGAAUAUAAGAAAAAAUUGAAGAAGAUUCUUAAUUUGUUUUUGAACAAUCUUCUUUAUAUCAUCCUAAAUAUAAUACAGAUUAUUAUCCUGAAUCUUUGAGAUUAAGAAGUGGAAGAUUCUUAACUGUUACUAGUCAUAAUGAUUUUGAAGAUAUUUUUAAUGAAUUUAGAAUACCAUCUCGUCAUUAUACCUUUAUUUUUAAUGUUUUUGUUUUCAUGCAAGUUUUUAAUUUUAUUAAUAGCAGAAAAUUAAAUGAUGAAUUUAAUGUUUUCGCCAAUAUAUGCAAUAAGUAAUUUAUUAUUAUAUUAAGUCCCUUGUUCAUUCUAAUUGUAUUCUUUAUAAUCAUUUUACAAAUUAUUUUAGUGACAUUUGGUAGUCUUGCUUUUUCUUGCUAUAGUUAUUAUGGACUAACAAUACAAUAAUGGGUAAUCUCUCUCAUUAUUGGUUUAAUUGGAUUAAUUAUAAGUUUCAUAUUAAAACUCAUACCUGAAUAACAUGUAUAUUAUUAAUUAUAUUUUCUUAGAUAUGUCCAAAUAAAUAAAUUAUGGUUUAAAGGACUCUUGAUAAAAAACCAUCAGGAAUUCUAGAAUUAAGAAGAGGAUCAUCUUUAAGGAAAAAAUAAUCUAUGCAUGAAUAACCACCAAUUUAAGAUAAUCAUAUAUAAUUAAUUGAAAAAUGA